AUGACACCAUAUCAUUAUUUGGCCAAUAUACUUGAUCCAAAGUAUAAAGGACAACAUCUAAAUGAGGAAGAAAUGGACCAAGGAAUUAAUUAUGUAUUAGAGUACCAUCCUGAAAUUAUGUGUGCAAUUUUUAAAUUUAAAGCUCAGACAACCCCGCUCAAAGACUAUCUCUUUUCCAAUAAUGCUUUAAAUAAAGCUAUAGUAUAA